AUGGCGGAUGUCAAGAAGAAAAUCAAGGCACGUCAAGGCCAUCGUACAUUUGUAGAAAGCGUUAUGACAAAAUCUCGUGAGUUGAUUGCUGGUGAAAUUACUGAAGAUAUCUGUCGGAAGCUACAAGUAAAUAAACGAAUUUUAGAAGGUAAAAUGGCUCUCUUGGAAAGUAUAAAUAGUGAAAUUGUCGAUCUUUUGAACGCGAAAGAUAAUAUCGAGAAGGAAAUUAUUGAUAGCUCAGAGUUUAAUGCCACAGUCGACGAAUGCCUCGUUCAAAUUGAUAUUGUAUUGACGGAAAGUGCAAAAGUUCAAGUGAGUCCACAUCAACCAGUUCUUACACCAAGUACUGCACCUAUCAAGGCUAAAUUACCUAAGUUGUCUCUGAAUAAAUUCUCGGGUAAUCCUGUUGACUGGCAGGCAUUUUGGGAUUCGUUCGAUUCUGCAGUUGGGUCAAACUCGUCAUUAAGUGAUGUGGACAAAUUCAAUUACUUGAAAUCAUUAUUACAUGGUUCUGCAGCAGAAACAAUCAGUGGAUUUUCGCUUACAAAGGAAAAUUAUUGUGAAGCUAUCAAAUUACUAAACUAA